AUGACGUCGGACUCGACACUUUACCGCCCAACCGAGUCCCUCAUCCUUCCGAGUAAACGGCGUUUUAUCCCCUUCCGCAUCCCCAACUUCCACACGCAACUGCGCCACUACAUCAGCACUGCUGAUCCGGAUCGCAUCUAUGUGGUCGUAGAAAGAGUGGUCUAUGCAAUCCACAUUUCUACACAAAAGAGGGAAAGCUUGGCUGUGAUCCCUUUCGAGCCGCGAUGCUUAGCGGCUGGUUAUGGGUGGAUCGCUGUGGGGGGCCCGGAACAGGGUGAAUGCGCCUUCAUUCGAACGAACGACGGAGACGGACAACUGCAUGGCCAAUCGAACUCGCACUCGGCCUCGGAGGUCGACAGUGCGCUCCCCCUCGACUUCGAGAACCUCCCAGGACUACCUUCUCCAGAUGGCACAGACAGUGAAGCCACAUCCUCGCGCCCUGCACCUCAGAGAGCGCUACCAGAGUUCGAGCUGCAUAAGUUCGGAGGCAGUAUUGUGAACUCUGUGACGAUCCACCAGUUUCCCGGUGAUCGCGAGGGGAUUGCAAGUGAGGAUGUGAUGGUUGUCAGCAACAACGACCGAACCGUAACGCUCUACUCGUUGACACGAGCCAAGGUCUUGAAGGUCCUUCACCAUUCGACAUGCAUGAACUAUGCGAUCCUCUCCCCCGACCACACAGUUCUCACAGCCGUGGGGGACGAGAACCGAAUUUACUUCUACAAUGUCGCUCGUGACUGGAGUUCGCUGACUACGAUUGAGUCAGGUGCAAAGAUGACCGGCUGGGACUUGGAGCUCCUGCGAUGUGUUGAGAUCAGCAUUGGGUCACGCCCCGAUGAUGCCUGUUGUUUCACUGUCGCAUUUUCGCAGUCCAGUCAUCUCUGCGCAGUGGGCUCCCAGUCUGGUUUUGUGACCGUGCUUGACAUGGACCGCGUUCGGGAUCUGAAGGACGAUGAGCCGGUGGUCAACCAAUUUAGGUCCUCGAGAUCCUACAUUGAAGGUGGUGCUGUUCGAUGUAUGACAUUUGCACCCGAGCCUUGGGAUCUACUGGUGUGGCUCGAGGGUCAUGGGAGGGCCGGCGUGGCCGAUGUGCGACAGUCGUUUCUUCGUCGCCAGAUUCUGGUCUUGGAUGCCAACGAUCCUGAACUUGAAGAGGUUCGAACCGUACCGAUUCUUCCCAACUUCGAUGAUAGCACCUCAGACGAUGACCUCGAAGUCUCCGCUCGCCUUGGAUUUGACGCCGAAGAAGUCUCCAACACUCGAGAUGGAGACAGUCAUGGACGUCUUUCAGCACGGGAAAAUUUGAUAGGCGACCUGACGGCACGCGAGCGAUUAAUCAUGCAGUUCCUCAAUACGGCAAGAUGGAACGCUAGAGAAGAAACUGGAUCUAACGACAGAGGAGAAGCAACUUCGCGGGUUCCUUCACACCCACCUCAUUCUUCGCAAAGCCGUAACUACAGCGCCACCGAGGAACUUGGGAAUGGUCAUCGCUAUACGUCCACGUCCCGUCAGACCGAUAUACUGGGCGCUCCUCAAAGUAGCCACUACAGUCGGCCAAGCACCGCAUAUAUCUCCCCACGCAGUGGUCGACGCAGCUCGAUCGUACUCUCCCAAAGCAGUGGUUCGCCCGAGCUAGAUGUUCCUAGCCACGAGAGUCGCAACCAUGGGAGUGGCCUUGGCUGGAACUCAUCACGGCUAGACCUGCAUGGUGAUACCGUCAACCGGUUCGCUGCUGAUUCUGACUACGUUCUUCGCGAAAUGGAAGGGCGUGGUAUGCCUGCGCCUCAACCGCCUGAACCACUCACGCCUAUCAGUAUCGACAUACGACGAACACGACCGCCACGGUCCAGUUCGAUUCCUCGGCCAGUGGAGAGAGCACAGGCCAGGCAGAUUUCGGGAGCUGAUAGCAGGCCUGAAAAUUCACGACCAUUGAACUACGACAUGAGAACCAACCUUGCGACUGAACGUCUACGUCGCCAACGCCAGAUUGCCAAUGAGAUGCACAACCGUGCAAUCAUGGAACGUGGGCAUCGAGAGCAGCGGAUGCGGCAGCAAACUUUGGGGUUUGAGCAGAACCACUCUCCACGCUGGAUACGUAAUAUCAUCAACGAUCUCCCCGACCGCAGCUUUGUCCAUGGGAUCCAUGGACCCGGAGCUGAAGAGCCGGAUGCCACAGCCGGCGUGGGCUGGGGCGCUGACGGACGAACACUAUACAUCGCAACACUCGAAGGAAUUUUCGAAUUUCAACUGAAUACCCAUGAUCGCAAAACUUUUCCAGCUUUCUCCUUCAGGUAA